UGAUUUAGCCAAGAAAGGGGAGGGAGAAGCAUAUGCUUGUGUAUGGAAUAAAACCUUUGAGGAAAACUGUCCUCCACACACAAGUGAGAAGCCUCUUGGUGUACAAGAGAGUUAGAUUUAGGCACAAAGGUGCUUUGUUUAAUUUUGAUGAUACUUUAAAAGUUUUAUAAUACAAGGACACCAUCUGCUUCAGGAAGUCAAGAUGUUUGCGGUGCAUUUGUUGUCAUUUUAUUUCACAAAGCUCCAGGAGGAUCAGAUUAAGAAGGUGGACAGAUAUCUGUAUGCAAUGCGCCUGUCUAAUGAUCAGCUGGUAGAUAUAUCAGCUCGGUUUCGUCUGGAGAUGGAGAAAGGACUAUCAAGUGAAAGCAAUGCUGCUGCCUCAGUGAAGAUGCUCCCAACUCACGUGUAUUCAACUCCUGAUGGCUCAGAACGGGGAGAAUUCCUAGCACUGGAUCUGGGAGGCUCAAAAUUCAAAGUACUACAGGUGAAGGUUUCAGAUAAUGGGAAGAGAAACGUUCAGAUGGAGAGUGAAACGUAUCCGAUUCCUGAAGAGAUCAUGAAUGGAAAAGGUUCAGAGCUUUUUGAGCAUGUGGCAGAAUCUUUGAAAGCUUUUCUACAGAAGCACGACAAUAAGCAGAAGAGAAAACCUCUCGGCUUGACUUUUUCUUUCCCUUGUGCCCAAUCUAAAAUAAAUGAGGCUGUCUUACUGUCAUGGUCAAAGAAUUUCAAGGCCAGAGGUGUUCAAGGUGCAAAUGUGGUGCAGUCAUUAAGAGAUGCAAUGAAGGAAGUUGGGGGUGUUGAUGUGGAUAUCCUAGCUAUAGUCAAUGACACAGUUGGGACCAUGAUGACCUGUGGAUAUGAUGACCAUAACUGUGAAGUGGGAGUUAUUAUAGGUACCGGCACUAAUGCGUGUUACAUGGAGGAGAUGAGACACAUUGACAUGGUGGAGGGAGAUGAAGGCAGAAUGUGUAUCAACACUGAAUGGGGAGCAUUUGGAGAUGAUGGGGUGCUUGAUGACUUCAUCACAGAUUUUGACCGUGAAAUUGAUGCUGCCUCAGUUAAUCCAGGAAAACAGCUUUUUGAAAAGAUGAUCAGUGGAAUGUAUAUGGGAGAGCUUGUGAGACUGAUCCUGCUGAAGAUGGCCAAGAAGGGUUUGCUCUUUAAUGGCCAGGUCACGGAUGAUCUCCGAACCAAGGGGAAAUUUCAGACCAGCUAUAUCUGCUUGAUUGAACAGUAUAAAAGUGGUUUGGAAAACACCAGGGACAUCUUAACACAACUGGGACUUAAUCCAUCAGAUGAUGACUGCAUCGCCGUCCAGCACGUCUGCACCAUUGUUUCCUUCAGAUCGGCUAAUUUGGUUGCCGCCGCCUUGGCUGCCAUUCUCACACGGAUCAGAGAAAACAAGAAGCUGAAGACCCUCAGGACCACUGUAGGAGUCGAUGGAACGCUCUACAGAACACAUCCACAGUACUCCAAGAGACUUCAUAAAGUGGUCAGAUAUCUGGUAUCUGACUGUCACGUGCGCUUUGUACUAUCCGAAAGUGGCAGCGCAAAAGGUGCUGCCAUGGUAACUGCAGUGGCACAGCGGUUAGCUGCACAGCGUCAGAAGGUCGAUGACACCCUGGCGACUUUUGCGUUAGACUUCACGCAGCUCCAGGAAAUCAAGGAGAAGAUGCACAUUGAAUUGGAGCGAGGUUUAAAGAAAGAGACGCACUCCACAGCUUCUGUCAAAAUGCUCCCGACAUUUGUUUACAGGACUCCAGAUGGGACAGAGAGAGGAAAGUUCCUUGCCCUGGAUCUCGGAGGAACCAACUUCCGUGUGUUGGUGGUUAAGUUACGUACUGGCAUACGUAAUUCUGUCCGGAUGUACAACAAGAUUUAUGCCAUCCCACUGGAAAUCAUGCAAGGCACCGGAGAGGAGCUGUUUGACCACAUUGUUCAGUGUAUCUCUGAUUUCCUGGACUACAUGGGUAUGAAGAACACCCGCUUACCUCUUGGCUUCACCUUCUCUUUCCCAUGCAGUCAAUCGGGUAUUGAUAAGGGAUCUUUAGUGAGCUGGACAAAAGGCUUUAAAGCAACAGACUGUGAGGGGACUGAUGUUGUGGAUAUGCUGAGAGAGGCCAUCAAAAGACGAAAUGAAUUUGACCUAGAUAUUGUUGCUCUAGUGAAUGACACAGUUGGCACAAUGAUGACAUGUGCAUAUGAGGACCCCAAAUGCCAGAUUGGUCUUAUUGCUGGAACGGGCAGCAACGUAUGUUACAUGGAAGAGAUGAAGAACAUUGAGUUUUUGGAUGGUGAUGAGGGACAGAUGUGUAUAAACACAGAAUGGGGGGGUUUCGGGGAGAACGAUAAUAUUGAAGACAUCCGAACCAGAUACGACAGAGAGGUGGAUGAAGGAUCACUGAAUGUGGGAAAACAAAGGUUUGAGAAAAUGACCAGUGGAAUGUAUCUGGGAGAGAUUGUGAGGCAGAUCCUCAUUGACCUUACAAGACAAGGUCUUCUGUUUCGAGGUCGCAUCACAGAGAGAUUGAAGACCAAAGGCAUCUUUGAGACCAAGUUUCUCUCACAGAUUGAGAGUGACCGCUUGGCACUGCUGCAAGUGAGGAGUGUACUCCAGCAUUUGGGUUUGGACAGCACGUGUGAUGACAGUAUUAUUGUCAAAGAAGUGUGUGGAGCUGUUUCACGCCGGGCAGCUCAGCUCUGUGGAGCAGGCAUGGCAGCCGUUGUGGACAAAAUCAGAGAAGAUCGUGGGCUGGAUCAUCUUGAAAUAACUGUAGGAGUGGAUGGUACACUUUACAAGUUACAUCCACACUUCUCCACAAUCUUGAAGGACACUGUCAGACAGCUCGCUCCUAAGUGUAAGGUGGAUUUUAUCUUAUCAGAGGAUGGCAGUGGAAAAGGGGCGGCUCUGAUCACAGCAGUUGCAAGGCAACACAAUGGAGAUAAGCAAGAUGUUCGCUAAACCCUGUUCACAGAAGCAUGUUCUUGUAUAAGAUGCUUUGUGCUGUUUUAUACGUAUUAUUUUAAUUCUGUGUACAUAAAAAUAAGUGCCCUUAUGGAUCUUGGCAUAUAGUGUUCAUUUUAUAGUUUUUUGUAGUAUUUUAUUAUUUUAAAAUGGGAUGAUUAGUGCAAUAAAGUUUGCAUCGCUACAAAA